UUUUCAUAUAUAUUUCCUUUCAAAUUUUACCCUCUAAUCAUCAUUCAUCAUCCCCUUCUUUAUUAUCUCUCCUUACUAUAACCACUUAUUCAGAUUCUCAUAAAAGAAUCAUGAAUUAUGGCAGGCUUCAACCCAAAUCUCAAUCUGAACCCGAACCUGAACCCGAAUUAACCCAUGUUCAAGACCACUCAAACUUACCUAACAAAACCAAAAAAUCUAAAUCAAAAUUAAGGCUAGUUCUCCUCACGGGAGUUACUCUCAUUGUCGCAGCUGCGAUAGCUGUAACCCUUGCGGUUACUCUGCGAUCCAAAUCCUCUGGGGGCGGAUCUGGUUCCAUGGUCCGCCCCAAACCAACAAAGGCCAUAUCACGCGUGUGCAGCCGUACACUUUACCAAAAUCUUUGUGUUAACUCUUUAGUCGAUUUUCCUGGCUCAAUGAGCGCUUCGGAUAAAGAACUGGUUCACAUUUCGAUUAACAUGACGUUGCAACGCGUGGGAAGGGCGUUCUAUACGUCUACGGAUAUAGUCAAUUUGGAAAUGGAUACAAAAGCACGGUCGGCUUAUAAUGAUUGUGUGGAGCUUUUAGAAGACUCUAUAGACCAGCUGCAAAGCGCCCUGAUAUCAGUGGCGCCAGCUGGGUCUAUAAGUGAAGGUGAUACCAACCCUGAUCAGAACAAGGUUGGUUCAACCGAAGACGUGCUGACUUGGCUCAGCGCGUCUUUAACAAACCAAGACACAUGUACAGACGGAUUGUCUGAAGCAGAGGAUAGUGAGGUUAAAAAACAACUAACCGAUAAGCUAAAAGACUUAUCGGAGUUAGUGAGCAAUAGUUUAGCGAUUUACUCGGCCACUAGUGAUGAUGAGGAUUUUGGUGGGAUCCCGAUACAAAAUCGUCGCAGGUUAAUGUCAGAUGUACAUUUUCCUGACGAAUCUGUAUCGGGAUUUCCAAAUUGGAUCGAUAGAAAAGAGAGAAAGUUAUUGCAGAUGCCAGUGGCAGGGAUUCAAGCUGACGUGGUGGUGUCGAAAAACGGCAAUGCCACGUGUAAAACGAUUAAAGAGGCGAUUAAAAUGGCACCUCAAAAGAGUAACCGGCGAUUUAUAAUCUACGUAAGGGCAGGAAGGUAUGAAGAGAAAGAUUUAAAAGUGGGAAGGAAGAAGAAAAAUAUAAUGCUCAUAGGAGACGGGAAGGGCAAAACGGUCAUUACAGGAGGGGCCAGUGUACAGGACAAACUGACCACAUUCCAUACCGCUUCUUUUGCCGCGACCGGGGCAGGGUUCAUAGCACGUGACAUAACGUUUGAGAAUUAUGCUGGACCAGCAAAACACCAGGCGGUUGCACUCAGACUGGGUGCAGACCACUCGGUGGUUUACAGAUGCCAGAUAAUUGGAUACCAAGACUCACUAUACGUACACUCCCAACGUCAAUUCUAUCGUGAUUGUGACAUUUAUGGAACCGUUGAUUUUAUUUUUGGUAAUGCAGCUGUGGUACUACAAAAUUGUAACAUUUAUGCUAGAAAACCAAUGGAACACCAAAAGGUAACCAUAACAGCUCAAAACCGAAAAGACCCAAAUCAAAAUACCGGUAUCUCAAUCCAUUCUUGCAAACUCCUAGCCCAACCCGAUCUUUUGGCAUCAAAUGGUAGUUUUCAAACGUUUUUGGGACGACCUUGGAAAAUGUACUCUAGGACAGUGUACUUGUUAUCAUAUAUGGGUGGCCACAUUGAUCCAAAGGGGUGGCUAGAAUGGGAUGGUACAUUUGCACUAGAUACAUUGUACUAUGGCGAGUACAUGAAUUACGGGCCAGGUGGGGCCGUUGGCCGACGGGUUAAAUGGCCGGGCUAUAGAGUGAUUACGUCGGCUAUAGAGGCAAGCCGGUUCACGGUUGCAAAGUUUAUUUAUGGAUCAUCUUGGCUGCCAUCCACUGGAGUUGCUUUCUUGGCAGGUUUAUCAGAUUAAUUAAAUGUGUUAUAGUUUACAUCAUGAUUGGUAUCAUACACGUUAUAGUUAUUUUGCUAAUUUUUUUUUGGUUAAAUUAAAUAACCAAAGGAGGGUCAUACUCAAAGGCUAAUGUUGGCACCAUAAGGUGCAGUAUGUGGGGGAUGUGAUAAUGAAAUAUGUACCAUUUAUCAUGUAUGAAUUAUUAUCAUUUUGUCGGUGGUAA